UCUCUACCGGAUGUGCAACAUUAUCGCCCGGGCAGAAACCUCUUAGUCUGUUUAUAUUUUGACAGAAGUUUGGGAUUUAUUUUGGCUCCAGAACAGUCGAGGAGCCUGUAACUAAAAGCCGCAGGACGGUUAGGUUCUUUUUAAACGACCCAACUAACAAUAAAACUGGCCCCUCCACUGCCCGUCACCAUGCCCGCCCUGCUGGAGAGACCCAAGCUGUCUAAUGCGAUGGCCAGAGCCCUCCACAAACACAUCAUGAGAGAGAGGGAGCGGAAAAGACAAGAGGAGGAAGAAGUAGACAAAAUGAUGGAGCAGAAGAUGAAGGAGGAAGAAGAGAGAAAGAGGACAAAAGAAAUAGAAGAGAGGAUGUCACUGGAGGAAACCAAAGAACAGGUGAUGAAGAUGGGUGAGAAACUUCAGGGACUCCAAGAAGAGAAACAUCAGCUUUUCCUACAGCUAAAGAAGGUCCUUCAUGAAGAAGAAAAGAGACGCAGAAAAGAGCAGAGUGACAUAACAACGCUCACAUCAGCCAGCUACCAGCCAAGUCUGCCGAUGCACGCAGGACAGCACCUCCUUAGUAUUCAAGGCAGUCCAGUCGGUCACAGUCGAACUGGUGCGUUGCUUGGAGAACGGAAACAGCUUUUCCCAACAACGAUUCCACCACGUCACUAUCAAACGCCUGGUUUUAGUUCUGGCUCAGCAGAGCACGGCCAGUUCAGUGGGAGCCAAGGGGUCCAUGAGCCCUACGGCGUGGCUCAGGCCCAGCAUCCCUCCUCCUACGCUCCUGGACCGUCGAUACCUGUCAGUUUUGCAAGUAGCUCUCAGAUCAGAGGCCCAUCUGCGUUUCAGGCCAUGCAAUAUCUUCCCCACCAGCAGCCUGGAUACCCCGUCCACAGUCACUUCGCCACUCAGCCUGGAUACAUUCCUGGAGCAGGGAUCCCACUUCAAAAGCAGCUGGAACACGCCAACCAACAGUCAGGCUUUACUGAUGCCGGUGCUCUGAGGCCCAUGCACCCCCCCACCAUGCAUCCCUCUGCCCCGGGCCUGCUGCCCACGCCAUCUAUGGCAGUGCAGAUCCCCCCUGCAAAGGCCCCAUUCCAGAGCUCUCCUCAGGGUGCUCCUCGUCACAGCUUCCUCCCCCACAGCCAGACGGGACAGAGGUUCUAUCACCACGGCAAGUAACUGGCAUCCCAGCUUUCCUCAACCUUCUGGAGACCCUGUUGAAAUCUGACCGGUUGGAUGAUUUGCCAUAUAGAUAGCAUUUUAUUUCUUUAAGUGUUAAACGUCUUGUUUUUAAAAUGUUUUUUUGCCUUUCCUAAUGAGUGAUGAGAAGCCUUUGAAACAUCAAGCUUAAAUUUUUUACAAAAUUAAUUAGCAAAGUAGCCUGUUUUUCUGGUGCUUGUGUUGUAUAAAUCCACACUGCAUGAACCACACUGAUACUUUGGGAACUAACAUUAGAAAAGUCAGGUGAGAAUUUAAUUUUCCUGCAAUUACUCAGAAGGGACUUUUAGUAACAGUUAAAUCAAGGUUUGUGCAAAGAUCACACGGACACCUAUGAACACUACAAAAGCAGGAACAUGCUGGUUUAGCCGAUAUUACUGAUUUGAAGUGUUACUGUGUUCUGGUGGAUCAAAUUGGAUCCACUAGCAUUGGUUGCCAGAUUAUAUGUCAUGACAUUCAAAAUCAAGGAGAGUUUUCAGUGUUUAGCUUUAUCCUCUGCAGCAUACAUACAUUUGUGCUUUAUUUUAAAGGUUUUAAGUUGCCAAAUAAAACCAUAAGCAAAAGCCA